AUGAAAGUCCAAGUCGACGUCGAUACCGUCCUGUUCGACAUGGAUGGCACACUUAUUGAUUCCACCCCGGCAGUCAAUGCAACGUGGGUCGAGUUUGCGAAGGAAUACAACCUAGAUAUUGACCACGUUUUACAUUACUCGCACGGCCAUCGUACAGUGGAAAAUCUCAAGCGAUACAUUCCCAGUCUUGAAAGUGAUGCUCUCAUGAAAGAAGUCGUGCGCUUCGAAAGCCGCAUUCUCGAAAUCGCUCAGGAAAACAUGGAUCGCGCAAUAAAGACGGGCAACGCCGAUGGCACGAUUAUCGCCAUGCCCGGUGCACGCCCGUUGCUAGAGCAGAUUCAGUGCGGUCGCGAUAAGAAUCCUGCGCGCCGGGCAGGCUGGGCCAUCGUUACAAGCGCUACAAGUGCCUAUGCGCAAAAAGCGUUUGUGGCCAGCAAUGUUUCAACACCGCCCGACACUUUUGUAACAUCAGACGUGUGUGCCCAUGGCAAACCGGAUCCCGAGCCUUACGCCAAAGGCGCGGAGCUGAGCAAGGCGGACAUAUCAAAAUGCAUCGUGGUUGAAGAUGCACCGCCAGGUGUUCUCAGCGGCAAACGAGCGGGUGCUCGGGUCCUUGGAUUGCGCACGACACAUGAGGGUCAGCGCAUGUGGGAACAAGGUGCUGAUUGGGUGGUGCCUGACCUUAGCUAUGUGCAAGCCGAAUGGCUUGAUGGCGACCGUCUCGUGCUUACCAUCGAUACUGAAGAGGCACCGACACGUAUUUGA